CGGGGACUUCGUUCCUCCUUUUCCAGCAAAAAAUUAGGAAGCAACCAAGAAACUACCACAAACAUGGAACAAAAGAAGCAGCAGCAGCCUGCAUUGGAUCCUCCAUAAAUCCUCCUUCCACAACAGUCACGGAUUCUCAGCUAGCACAGUCACCUACUAAAUCACCAAUCAUGGAGAAGGAUGCAUACUACUAUUUGCUAGCCCUUGUUCCUCUUCUGCACCUGAUUCGACUCUACAGAGCUUCAUUUGUCCGUCGCACCCACGCGCACGGUCUGCGGCUCCCUCCAGGCCCAUGGCAGCUUCCCGUCAUCGGCAGCCUCCACCAUCUCUUUGGCGCCCUCCCGCACCGUGCCUUGCGAGACCUAUCUCGGCGCCACGGCCCACUGAUGCUCCUCAAGUUCGGCGAGAAUCCGGUGAUCAUCGCUUCCACCGCCGAGGCCGCCAAGGAGAUCAUGAAGACGCACGACACCAUCUUCUGCACAAGGCCAAUGAGCUCAUCCGUCAAGGUCAUCAACGAGCUUGGCCGGGGGAUCGCCUUCGCCCCCUACGGCGACCACUGGCGGCAGAUGCGCAAGAUUUGCUUCCUCGAGCUGCUGAGCGCCAAGCGCGUCAGCUCGUUCCAGCCCGUCCGUGGCGAGGAGGCUGCCCGGUUGAUCAGCUCCAUCUCAUCUGCGUCCAAGUCGGAACAGGUGGUGAAUCUGAGCAAGAUGCUGGCGAUGUACGUGACGGACACGACGGUGCAUGCCAUCAUGGGCGGCCGGUUCAGGGAGCAGGACGCCUUGCUCCGCUACGUCGACGAGGCGGUGCGGUUGGUCGGCGGCUUCAGCUUGCCUGACUUGUUCCCCUCGUCGAGGCUGGCGCUCGCUCUGGGCAGCAGCACGCUGCGCAAAGCCGAGGUGUUUCGGGACUCCUUGAUGGCGUUCAUGGACCGCGUCAUAGGAGAUCAUCUGGAGAAGAAGCCAUCCAAUGAAGAAGUAUACGAGGAAGAUUUGAUCGACGUGCUGCUGAGGAUUCGAGGAGAAGACGAGCUUCAGUUUCCCCUCACCAUGAGCAACAUCAAUGCAGUGGUUUUCGAUCUGUUUGCAGGCGGGAGCGAGACGGCAACGACGACGCUGCAGUGGGCAAUGGCGGAGCUGAUGCGAAACCCGAGCGUGAUGUCGAGGGCGCAAGCUGAGGUCAGGGCAGCCUUCAUGGGGCAAAUGAAGGUAUCCGAAGAGCUUCUCGGCGAGCUGAGUUACUUGCAGUGUGUCAUCAAGGAGACCUUACGGUUGCACACUCCUGGGCCAUUACUGAUGCCAAGGGAGUGCCAGGAACACUGCGAAAUUCUCGGCUACGACGUGCCCAAGGGCACUACCGUGCUCGUGAACGCGUGGGCUAUCUCCAGAGACCCGGGAUGCUGGGACGAACCGGAAGCGUUCGUGCCGGAGAGAUUUGUGGCCAGUGUGAGAGAUUACAAAGGCAACAACUUCGAGUUCAUCCCGUUCGGCGCCGGUCGACGAAUCUGCCCCGGGAUGCUGUUUGGGAUUGCCAAUAUCGAGCUGGCUCUCGCAAGCCUCCUGUUUUAUUUUGAUUGGAGUCUUCCCGAUGGUGUUCUUCCCAGCAAACUUGACAUGACGGAAGCCUUUGGAGUGACGGCGCGUAAGAAGGUGGAUCUGCUGUUGCGUCCAACUAUCCAUGUACAGCUGCCCUGCUGACUUAUGGUCUUCUCCGUUUGUUCGGUUCUUUGAUUAUUUUUUGCUGUUGUUGUUGUAGUAGUAGCUGGGUGAUGAUGUUCAGGAAGGCAAAAUUAAGAGGAUCCAUGCACAUGUGUACUUCCAAUCAAAGUAUAUAUUCAAAACUAAAUUUGUGUUCCAUAAUAA